ACGGUGGUUGGGAAGACGGUGGUUGGGAAGGCUACAGGUGUGAAGUCAGGGAAGGUCCAUGUGGGAAACACAGCGCUGGUGGUGCAUGGUGGUGGAGGAGGAGGAGGUUCUGAGCGUGUGCAGUUCUGCACUUGGCCGUGUAAGUGUGGUCCGAGGCCGCAGUGUGCUCCGGGAGUCAGCGCCGUGCUGGAUGGCUGUGGCUGCUGUAAGAGCUGUGCGCGACAGAUCGGAGAACCCUGUAACGAGCGCGAUGUGUGUGAUCCACACAAGGGCAUGUACUGCGACUUCUCCCGGGACAAACCACGCUUCCAGCGAGGGGUGUGUGCAUAUAUGAUGGCAGUGGGUUGUGAUCUAAACGGAGUGCAGUAUGAAAACGGCGAGGCGUUCCAGCCCACCCCUCUGUAUAAGUGCACGUGUAUAGGUGGCGCUAUUGGCUGUACGCCCGUAUUUAUCCAGAAACCGGCGGCCAUGUUGACCCCCGCGGCCUUACAGAGCAACAUCUCCCCCGCUGGGUUACAGGCAAAAACACCACAGGACACGGCGUACAGGAGCAUGUCAGCUUACAGGGCUCCUCCUUUAGUGAAGAUGAGGGGAUGCGCGGUUCAGACCACGCCCUGGUCUCCCUGCUCACGCUCCUGCGGCUUCGGCAUCUCCGUCCGCAUCUCCAACCACAACACCAAGUGUGACAUGAGGAAAGAGCGCCGCCUGUGUCUGCUCCGCCCCUGCGACAAAAAGGGCCUGAAGAUCCCGGCGGGGAAAUCCUGCAAGCCCGAGUUCCAGGCGAGGACAGCGGAGAAGUUCACUCUGUCAGGCUGCACGAGCAGCAGGAAGUACCGACCGCACUACUGCGGAGCGUGCAGAGACAAACGCUGCUGCGUCCCCAAUCGCUCCGAGGUAGUGGAGGUGGAGUUCAAGUGUGUGGGCGGAGCCAGCGUGCAGUGGAAGAUGCAGUGGAUCACUUCCUGUGUGUGUGAGAGGAAGUGCAACAACCCGGGAGACAUGUUCUCCCAACUACACUUACUGUGACUGACACUUUAUCAUCUCCAAUAAAGUUAUUACUCUCA